UUUGACAUUUAUAUCCACCGAUUAUUAAAAUUAAUAAUGUAUUAAAUUUUGACUAUCCAAUUAAUGUGAUAAUUGUAACCCUAUGUAGUUAUUCAAAUUGCAAUUUACUUAUUUGAAUUAGUUAAUACAAUGUAUUAACUAUAACAGUAUUGUGAAAUGUUGUGAUCAAGUGUGAUUGAUGUUUGUUUUACGCUAAGUGUUUUUUGUGUUGGGGUGGAAGUGCCUUUCCAGUUGUCACAAGAUGCCUUUCAACUUCUUGUGCUGUGUGAGACCUGGAGUGGAGGAAGUGGUGGAAUUAGAUUAUUCACAUCAGUCACUAACAGACGUCCCAUCAGAUGUCUUUGUAUACGAAAGGACCCUUGAAACCUUAUAUUGUCAAAGUAAUCGUAUCAGUGAGUUACCACGACAGCUUUUUAUGUGUCAUGGACUGAAACACUUGGACCUCAGCGACAAUGAGCUACAAGCUAUACCAACCGCCAUAUCUUCAUUGGUAAAUUUACAGUACUUGAAUAUUAGCAGAAAUACAUUAGCUUCUAUACCCGAUACCAUGAAAGCAUUAAAGUAUUUAAUGUACUUAGAUCUUAGUGUUAAUCCUUUAGAAAAACUUCCAGAUGCUAUUACAAACCUUAUAGCUUUGCAAGAAUUGUAUCUGAAUGAUACAUAUUUGGAGUACCUACCAGGAAACUUUGGUAGACUUGCAAGUCUGCGUAUACUUGAAUUGCGAGAUAAUUAUUUAAUGAUUUUACCAAAAUCUUUGUCACGAUCUACAGACUUGUUAAGGUUAGAUAUAGGUCAAAAUGAAUUUCAACAGUUCCCAGAAGUUAUUGGAAGAUUUACUAAAUUGAGAGAGUUGUGGAUGGAUAGUAAUAGUUUAAUGAACAUACCAGCAGCAAUAAAGCCAUUAGAAAAUUUAAUACACCUUGAAGCUAGCAAUAAUAUGAUAGAAGAAAUUGCACCAGAAAUUGGUUACUGCACAAAAUUGGUGGAUUUGAGUUUGUCAAUUAACAGUUUAACCCAACUUCCAGAUAGCAUUGGGCAAUUAAAUAAUUUAACCACUUUAAAAUUAGAUAACAACAGGUUGUAUUCUAUCCCAGAGAGUAUAGGACAAUUAACUAGUUUAGAAGAGCUUAUGUUGAUGUGCAACUAUUUAGAAAAAAUACCAUCCUCAAUAGCUCUAAGGAAAUUACAGUAUCUUAAUAUCGAUGAUAAUAUGUUAAGAAUGAUUCCUCCAGAAAUAGGGAGCUGUACAAAGUUAUCUGUGUUGUCACUUCGAGCAAAUAAACUAACUAAGAUCCCUCCAGAAAUUGGCCAUUUAUGCUCUUUAAGAGUUUUAAACUUAGUGAGAAAUUCUCUAGGUUGUCUUCCUCAGUCCUUAUUAAAUUGUGAUAAUUUAGUAGCCCUCUGGCUGUCUGAAAAUCAAAGUAAACCUUUAGUGCCUAUGCAUUCCGAAGUAGACCCACAUACUUAUGAACAGGUCCUUACAUGUUUCCUCUUUCCCCAAGUGCCUUUGACGCCAAUAGAGAUGAAAUCAACAGACAAUGAAUAUAAAUCAGAAAAUGAAAAUGCACAACCACCUGUUCGACAUAUUAGCUUUGUGGAUAUGAAAGCACUGCCAAAAGUCCCUGAAAAACCAGGACAGUUGCGAAGAGCACCAACACCUUAUCCAAAGGAAUUAAGAGCUUUAGCUAAGCAUGCUAGAAAUAUCCAUAAAGAUGGUACACAAGAUGUUUCUCCGCCUAUGCAAAAUGCAGUGCAUAUAAAAGCAGCUAAAAUCACACCUACAUUACAACAAAGAUUUGCUUCAGAUAACAAAAAAGAUAUAAGUAAUGUUACAAAAGACAAUAUAGAUGGAGUGAAAACACAAGAUGCUAUGAAAUUGUCAGUGUAUGAUAAUAUUCCCAUAGAAAAUUCUUAUGAUAAACCAUUAGAACUCUCAAAUGAGAUAGAUACAACUUACAAAGGUGUUGACCAUGCUUUGUAUCCAGAGAAUAAUGUUAGUCAAAAUUCUGAUUGUAAACAUGAAAACUUAAACCACUACAUGCUAUCUCAGAGACAUUACAAUACAAAAUUGAAUGAAAACUAUGCUUCUAGGCAAGAUAUGGAUAGAACAGGGGUUCCUCAAAAUAUUUAUGGUGUCCACACAGUUGAAAAUAAAAAUUAUUCUGUUAAUAAUGACAAUACUUUUAGGAACAAUUUAGAUGAAACUCAUAGGCUACAACGACUAAGUCUUGUUUCACAGGAUAGACGAUCGAAUAAUGAAAUGGUAUUAUCACCUAACUUUGAAGAUACCUCAUAUAAUACAAGAAUAGUUGAUAAUAUUCCUCAAUUUGAACCUAUGUAUUCUAGAAAGGAUCAUAUUAUAUCUCAUCCUGUACCAGAGGGUAAAUAUAGAGAUAAGAUAUAUGACUCAGAAACAUUUGCACGAUCUAAAGAAAAAAAUUUCAGCCAAAGAAAUUAUGAUACCUACAAUUACAAUCCCCGUGGGAGCCGUGAUUUAGCAGGUUCAAGAAUACAUACCGUUAGUCAAGUUGUUAGUUCUACAACAAUGCCUAAUUUAAGUAACUACAAUAACAUGUAUCCCAUACAAGGCGUAGAUGGCCCUCAAUUUGCAACAGCCAUCCAUCAAACAUCACCAAAUGCGAACUUUUAUAGUGGUGUAGCUUCAAGCCCUACUUAUGUGUCUUCACAGUCCCCUGGACUGUAUUCCCCAACUGGCCACACAAAUACGACAAAUCCAUAUCGUAUGACGAACACGCCUCUUGUAUCAGAUGAUGGUAGUUAUAGCCAUAUGAAUUCCCCUACAAGUCAGAAUAUGUAUGACUUGUAUGAUGCCAUGCCAGCUCCAUCCAGUACUCCAAGUGUUAUUAGUCACCGCCAUAGCCCCAGUGGCGUAUCGGAACCUGUGUAUGGACGCGGUCAACCUCCGCCUUACCAUAUUGCAGCUCCCUACACAAAACAUGCACAAUAUUUUAAUGGCACAAGUGGAUAGUGUCAGUGUAUUAGAGGGAGACAAACAUUCUUCCUACAAAGAGUAAAAUCAUAUGAACACUAUUAAACUUUAAUUAAAUAUCUUGUCUGUUCUUUCUCAUUCUAUUUUGUUAUAUGCAUGUUUUGUGAAUGUGCAAUUUAUAUGUGAUAUAAUAUAAUAAUGUUGGAAGAAUAAUGUAAUUAUAAGGUGCUAAGAAACAGAUUAAAUUGU